AAGUUUUUGGAAUAACUUUCAUCAGCCCUACAAGGAUAUGAAUCUGAAAGUAAAAUUGCAAAUAAUGAACAAGACUUCAUUCUAGAGAAAAUUCCAAACGUGUCAUGGGUUAAUCUACAUGGAGUUCCUGCAUAUGCCGCUAUUGUGGAUAUAUUUGCUACCAAUGGCCUUCUACAAAAUCAACGCUGGGACAACAUCAUCGUCUUCAUCAUCGUGGCAAAAACCUCUUGGCAUCAUUAUUGCAACAAAGACCUCUUGCGACAACAACAUCUUCAUCAUUGUCAUCAUCACGGCAAAAACCUUUUAUAAUAAUGACAUCAUUAUCAUCGCAGCAAAAACCUCUUGUGACAACUUCUUCAUCAUCACUAAAAUCACAAAAACAACUUGUGACAGCAUCACAUCACGGAAAUCUACAUCAACCAUCAAUUUCUUCAACUUCUGCAGCUGUUUCGCCAUUGGUUCCAGAAACCAAAUUUAUCAUGUAAACACAAGGGUGAAAAUAAUUAAUAAGGAACAAAUGUCCAAAAAAAAUCAUAUUAACGAAGUUGAUAUUUUUCUGAAGAUGAUAAGAGGAUUUUGAUAUAACUAGUAAUAUUCUACUCAAAUGCUACUUCAUUAACUUUUACUUAAUUGUUAUUGCUUAACAAGGGAAAAAAUUGUGUGAUAUUUUGAUAAAUGAACCAACAAUAAAUGAAUCAACUGAUAAUGUGUAUGAUGCACUUACCAUCAAGUUCCACCAAUUGCUCAAAACCCUCUAAAUAUACAACAGAUACAAGUUGCUGAAGCAUGGAUUGUAUCAAAAAUUGGAGCCACUUUUAGUGACUACACAGAAGAACGUCAUUUUUCUACUUCUAAUAGCGUACUGAAUUUUAUUUAGAAUAAUAGUACUUUAGCUUGUAUAAUCUAUAAAUCA